AUGGGUCGGGUUAAUCUCUUACUUGUCUGGUCGCUCUCAUUAACACUGUCCCUUUAUAAUCUACACCCAACCUCUGCCCAGCUUAGUCCAAACCACUAUGCCAACGUUUGCCCCAAUCUCGAAAGCAUCGUUAGACAGGUAGUUACUCAGAAGUUCCAACAAACCUUUGUCACUGUUCCUGCCACCCUUCGUCUCUUCUUUCAUGAUUGCUUUGUCCAGGGUUGUGACGGUUCUGUUUUGGUGGCAUCCACUGGAAACAACCAAGCUGAGAAGGAUCACCCCGACAAUCUUUCAUUGGCGGGGGAUGGGUUUGACACGGUGAUCAAGGCAAAAGCUGCAGUAGAUGCUGUCCCUCAGUGCAGGAACAAAGUCUCCUGUGCUGAUAUUCUAGCCUUGGCUACCCGUGAUGUUAUUGUACUGUCUGGUGGACCUUCCUAUACGGUUGAAUUGGGAAGGUUUGAUGGGUUAGUUUCAAGAGCUUCUGAUGUAAAUGGAAGGCUUCCACAACCAACCUUCAAUUUGAACCAGCUCAAUUCCCUGUUUGCUGCAAACGGACUCACCCAAACUGAUAUGAUUGCUCUCUCAGGAGCACACACCCUUGGAUUCUCCCACUGCAGCAAGUUUGCGAAUAGAAUAUACAAUUUCAAUGGCCAAACUCCGGUGGACCCAACAUUGAACAAGCAAUACGCAACCCAAUUGCAACAAAUGUGCCCAAGGAACGUGGAUCCAAGGAUUGCCAUCAACAUGGACCCAACAACUCCCCGAAGAUUCGACAAUGUUUAUUACCAAAACCUCCAACAAGGAAAGGGCCUCUUCACCUCGGACCAAAUCCUCUUCACUGACCAAAGGUCCAAGAACACCGUUGAUUCCUUUGCUUCUAAUGCUAACGCUUUCAACUCUAACUUCAUUGCUGCUAUUACCAAACUGGGUCGUGUUGGAGUCAAGACUGCAAGAAAUGGAAAAAUUCGUGCCGAUUGUUCUCUUGUAGUCACCAGAUCAAAACUUCUUGCAUUUCCACUAAAGUACGUCAGCAAUGUUGAGUGA